AUGAUGGCUGCAAGUUCGAAAACGCUCCAGGCAGUGGUCGGUAACCAGAAGCAGAUGGCGAAAACUGCGUCUGGAAGUGCCUACGGGGCGUUGCGUAGCAUUUCCUGCGCACUGCAGACUGGGUUCUUUCCUAGUAGUACCCAGAAACGAGCGCCAGCAGCGGUCCCAGUACCGGCGUUUGGAGGAAUGCUCGGUACGACAGGAAAAACCGAUUUUUUGCCAGUUCGCCCUGGCGCGCGACCGGGAACAAAGGUGUCGACUCCGAGUUCAUUGCAGCAGAAACAAAAUCUAUCACCACCAGCAUCCUUCCAACACCAAUUCGUCACUCGUUUCUGUUUCGGCAGCGGGGGUGCACAGCGAACUGCGAACUUCAAGCGCGUGAGGGAAGAGCAGCUUGCCAAGAUGAAACGGUUGCGCAUUCAGCAGGAGGAGUGCGUUCGGCACGCAAAGUCUGAGGGAAAGGACCCCAAGGACGCGAAGUUACAUUUUCAGAAGUCGGAGAAGAAGUGUGUCGGGAUAAAGGGCCUGAAGAAACCGAAAGGGUUCUGA